GAUUCGAAAUUUAGACUCUGCUGAUGACAUGGUGGUGCAACUCCGGGUUAACGAAAGCAAAAUAUUUAUUGGAAUCUGGCCAUAUUCACUGAAUUUCGACGAUAUUGCAUCACGCAUUUGAAUGCAUAUUAAAUAUAUGUAGAAAGAGUAACUUGUACAGCUCAAGUGACUGACAGUUGAGGAGUAACAGAUCUGUAAAAUGGCAGCAAGGGUGGAGAUGGAGAAUGGGGAGAAUCUAUUCUCCCCGGAGGAAGAGAAAGAUGUGGAUAUGUCUUCUGUUGUUGGCAAGGCACAUUUAGUAAGUCCAAACAACGAGGAAUAUGACAUCAUUGUGGACACAAUCAAAGAGAGACUUGAUGAAGGCCAGGGAGAAACCAUAUAUGAAAUUGGCACAGGAGAGGGGGAUUCUCCGGGCCUCUCACCAGAAGACAUGCAGGCAUCCAUAGCUACACUGAAAAGUAUAGCAGAAUCUCUACACCUAGAAAUGGUGCAGCUACGUGAGAGAAAAGAAGGCGAGGGGCUAGUGACAGAGUAUUUACUGAGAAAGACACUAGAUAAUGAUGACUUCAUGGAAGUCAGGGUUGCAGUUGUUGGCAAUGUAGAUGCAGGAAAAAGUACAUUACUGGGCGUUUUGACUCAUGGUGACCUUGACAAUGGGCGUGGCAUGGCCAGACAGAGGCUCUUUCGACACAAACAUGAGAUGGAGUCUGGGCGUACCAGCAGUGUAGGCAAUGAUAUUCUGGGCUUUGAUGCAGCUGGACAUGUUGUAAACAAACCUGACCAUGGAAACCUAGACUGGAUCAAAAUUUGUGAAAAGUCAUCUAAGGUAAUCACAUUUAUUGAUCUGGCGGGUCAUGAAAAGUAUCUGAAGACCACAGUGUUUGGGAUGACAGGACAUGCACCAGACUUUGCCAUGUUGAUGGUUGGAUCCAAUGCUGGUGUGAUAGGAAUGACCAAGGAGCACCUGGGUCUGGCUUUGGCCCUGAACGUCCCUGUAUUUGUUGUUGUGACAAAAAUAGACAUGUGUCCCCCCAAUGUGCUACAAGAAACAUUAAAAAUGUUACAGAGGAUUCUCAAGUCCCCAGGGUGUAGGAAGAUCCCCGUUAUUGUACAAAACACAGAUGAUGUUGUGUGUUCAGCAACUAAUUUCACAUCUGAAAGAAUGUGUCCAAUAUUUCAAGUGUCAAACGUAACAGGAGAAAACCUUGAUUUAUUAAAAAUGUUCCUUAAUCUCUUAUCGACACGGUUAAAAUCGGAGAUCUCAGCACCAGCAGAAUUCCAGAUAGAUGACACAUUCUCAGUACCGGGUGUUGGAACCGUUGUAUCAGGGACUCUACUUCAGGGCAUGAUUAAACUGAAUGACACGUUACUACUGGGACCCGAUGCCCUCGGACAUUUCCAGCCAAUCACUGUCAAGAGCAUUCAUCGUAAACGUAUGCCUGUACGAGAGGUCAAGGGAGGUCAAACAGCAUCAUUCUCACUCAAAAAGGUUAAAAGGUCAUCAAUACGAAAAGGAAUGGUGAUGGUUUCUCAGAAACUAGAGCCAAAGGCCUGCUGGGAGUUUGAAGGAGAAAUUUUGGUUCUACAUCAUCCAACAACAAUAAGUGUGCGGUACCAGGCUAUGGUACAUGUGGGAAGUGUUCGCCAAACAGCCACCAUAAUGAACAUGACCAAAGAACACUUACGAACGGGUGAUAAGUCAAUAGUAAGGUUCCGCUUCAUUAAGAAUCCUGAGUAUUUAAAGACUGACAUGCGUAUGGUGUUUAGAGAGGGAAGAACAAAGGCCAUUGGCAACAUAACAAAACUCUAUCCACAUGUCAGUGCAGUAGCUCAGAACACGCGACAACAGCGGGCAGCCAAGAAAGCGCAGGAGGCAAACCACCAGGUCCAUCCACAAAACGAACCGCAGAAACCCAGUAAAAAACGCAGAACGCGGAACAGCAGCAAAAACCUAGACAUGGAGGAAUCCAAAGAAAACGUUCCAUCAUCAAGUUCAGUCCAGGAAGUGACAGUUCAGUCGUGAAUCAAAACUGAGUGGGUAUUCAUGGUAUUCUCUUACGUCAAGUUUCUGUAUGGCAGUUAGCAUACCUGAAAAUAUCAGGAUUUCCAAUUUCAUGUUUGCUUGUGACUUAUAGCAUUCAUUAAGUUUUGCAGCCAAAAACAUCUUAUUAAGUGAGACUUGCAGCUAAUUUAAUAAGCAUUGAUUUUUAGAUUUACUUAUCAAGUCAAAUUUUUACAUGUGAAUGCUGCGAAGAUUUUUAAAUUCAUCAAUAUAUUUAGAGUUAUUUUUAAAGAAAGUUUUGGGUGAAAUAAUUUGAAACACUGAAUGUACCUAUGAGUUGUUAACAGCAGUAUUUCAAUAUCUUAGAAAGUGGUCACAGACAUAUAAUUUCACUCUGGAUUGCAAGCAAGGUUCUAGAACUAUUCUAGUGCAUGUAUUAAAUGAAAAUAUUCUUGUGUGAAAUUACCUAAAACAUAUAGCAGAGGAUAAACAAAGAACAUAAUUAAUUACCUGGAACAAAUAGAAUGUACACUUUUCAAUUUUAAAUGUCAAUGUUUUUUUAAGAAAUCUUAUUUUAAAAAGAUGACUGAAUUGAAUUUUUCUCAAUUUUUACUGGGUUUGUUAAUUAAAAGAUAAAUCUA